AUGGCGUUCGAAAAGGGUCGCAAGUUCUCGACGGGCACUUCGGUGCACCGAAAGCGUCAGAUGAGCACUUUGGUCGAGAAGGAGGGUCAAUUCGGUCCUGCUCUCACGACGCUCUAUCUGGGUAUUUCGGCUGUGUUCUCUGAUGAUCACACAGCCGUAGUUGCCCUAGCCAUCCAUGACACAGUCUAUUUGGUGGAUUUCUCGGUGAAGCAUAUCGUGCUUGAUGACGCCAUGAAGAUGGGUGCCGACCUUAUCGCCGACUAUGUCAUUUCUGAGGUUGAGAAGUAUGAGCACGAGAACUUCUCCAAGUUCAUCGGCGCCGGUCUCCCAACGACGCUCAAGUAUAUGAGCCCCAGCUUGUGCUCCCGACUCUGGCUGGAGCUGGACAUUGUGCCCAUCGUGAUGCGUCCGGACGACGAGCACAAGGAGAAGUCGUUCUGGGACGUCAAGCGCGUUGAUGAGCAGGCAGAUUCCAUGGCACGCAAGUGCAUCAUGAAUUUCGGCCCUUCUCUUGUCCCUCUUCUGCAAGUCGGAUGGAGGGGUGUUGUCCAGACGGAUGCUGGCUUCCGCGCCCACCUUACCACUGUCCAGAAUCACAAGGACACAUGCGGCCAUGCUACGUGGGAAACCAUGUUGACGUACGCGAAGAAGCUCAGGGGCAACAAGACCAAGAUUGCCUUCUUCAGCUCUACUCCUCAGGGCGGUGGUGUCGCUCUCAUGCGACACGCACUGGUACGAUUCUCCCGCCUUAUGGGUGUCGAUUUGACCUGGUACGUGCCGAAACCCCGGCCCGGUGUAUUCCGCAUCACCAAGAACAUCCACAACAUCCUGCAAGGCGUUAGCCAUCCGGACCAACGCAUCUCCGCCGAGGAGAAGCAGGCCAUCAUUGACUGGAUCACCGAAAAUGCGAACCGAUACUGGUUCUCCGAGGGCGGUCCUCUCCGUACACCGGAGGAGGGUGGUGCUGAUGUCGUGAUCAUUGAUGACCCGCAAAUGCCUGGACUCAUUCCUCUGAUUAAGAAAGUCACCCCGGACCGUCCGGUUCUGUACCGAUCUCACAUCCAGAUUCGGAGCGACCUGGUCGCCAAGGCUGGCUCGCCGCAGGCGGACAUAUGGGAUUUCCUUUGGAGCAACAUUCAGGGAUGCGACAUGUUCAUCAGCCACCCCAUUCCCAUCUUUGUCCCCCACACAGUCCCUCGUGAGAAGGUCGUCUAUCUGCCCGCUACUACCGAUUGGUUGGAUGGCCUCAACAAGCAUCUCAACAAGUGGGAUGCCGGCUACUAUGGCCACAUCUACAAUGUCGCCUGCCAUUCGCAGCGCAUGACUGAGCUCAAUUGGCCCGCCCGCAAGUACAUCAUCCAGGUUGCUCGUUUUGAUCCUUCCAAGGGCAUCCCUACCGUGAUCGACUCGUACGCCGAGUUCCGCCGGCGGUGCGAGCAGGCCGGCAUCGUUGACGUGCCCCAGCUCGUCGUCUGCGGCAAUGGCUCAGUCGAUGACCCCGAUGCUAGUUUGAUUUAUGAUCAGACCAUGAGCCAGCUCGAGACAUACUACCCAGACCUUGUCAAGGACGUCAGCGUCAUGCGUCUUGAUCCCAAUGACCAGCUCAUCAACACUCUUCUCGCCAACGCCCAUGUGGUUCUCCAGCUCUCGACCCGCGAGGGCUUUGAGGUCAAGGUGUCUGAGGCUCUCCACGCCGGCCGCCCCGUCAUCGUGAGCAAUACUGGUGGUAUCCCUCUGCAGGUCAAGGACAAGGUCAACGGCUUCCUUGUUACACCGGGCGAUUGGAAGGCUGUUGCCACCCACUUGAUUGAGCUCUUUACGGAUGACGCACUCUGGAAGAAGAUGAGCCAAGCGGCCGCGACAGGUGUCUCGGAUGAAGUUGGCACUGUCGGGAAUGCACUUGCGUGGUUCUACCUCGCUGCCAAGUGGAACGAGGUUGGUGUCGAGAAGCACGGCAAGGGAGGCCUGAAGGGUAACGAGAAGUGGGUCAACGACAUGGCGCGCGAAGAGGCCGGGUUCCCUUAUGCUGAGGGCGAGAACCGUUUGCCCAGACAUUUCACGCAGACCAAGGAUGUUCCAGUUCAUCCGAAGCCUGCUGCCUGA